CGGGAGGCCCCCCGCCUGGCGCGUUCCGGUCGGCCCUGCCGGAGUCUCUGGGAGGUGGAAGUGGAGCCAAGGGAAUCCUUAGAAAUGGCUGUUUUCCUUCCUCUGGGGAUUUGGACAUACGGUGCGUUUUUAAAUGUUUGCCCCUUCGGGGACAGUAGCAUUUCUGAGCACUUAGUUCACUGAGUGACUCAAACUUCUCAUCGUCUCCAGUGUUCUGAUUUUCACAGCUGCUUCGCUCCCCCUGGGGGCAUGACCCCAUAGCUGACAUUUUGCACCCCACUUGCUUUGUGAUGGAGGCUUCUUUGGGGAUUCAGAUGGAUGAACCAGUGGCUUUUUCUCCCCUGCGUAGCUGGUUUCAGGCGGAUGGCUCGUUAAAAAAACAUGAGCAGAAUUUUAAACUACAAGGUGUUCAAAAAGACAUUGAGAAGCUUUAUGAAGCUGUGCCACAGCUUGGCAAUCUGUUUAAGAUUAAGGACAAAAUUGGAGAAGGCACUUUCAGCUCUGUUUAUUUGGCCACAGCACAAUUACAAGUAGGAUCUGAAGAGAAAAUUGCUCUGAAACACUUAAUUCCAACAAGUCAUCCUGUAAGAAUUGCAGCUGAACUUCAGUGCCUGACAGUGGCUGGGGGGCAAGACAAUGUCAUGGGAGUUAAAUACUGCUUUAGGAAAAACGAUCAUGUGGUUAUCGCUAUGCCAUAUCUGGAGCAUGAGUCCUUUUUGGACAUUCUGAGCUCUCUUUCUUUUCAAGAAGUACGGGAAUAUAUGUUUAAUCUGUUCAGAGCUCUGAAACGCAUUCAUCAGUUUGGUAUUGUUCACCGUGAUGUUAAGCCCAGCAAUUUCUUAUAUAAUAGGCACCUGAAAAAGUAUGCCUUGGUAGACUUUGGUUUGGCCCAGGGAACCCAUGAUACGAAAAUAGAGCUUCUCAAACUUGUCCAGUCUGAAGCUCAACAGGAGAGUUGUUCACAAAAUAAAUCCUACGUAAUCACAGGAAACAAAAUUUCGAGUGGCCCAGCAGCACCUAAGGAGCUGGACCAGCAGCCCACCACCAAAAGUUCUGUUAAAAGGCCCUACACAAAUGCACAGAUUCAGACUAAACAAGGAAAAGAUGGAAAGGAGGGAUCUGUAGGCCCUUCUGUCCAGCGCUCUGUUUUUGGAGAAAGAAAUUUCAAUGUACACAGCUCCAUUUCACAUGAGAGCCCUGCAGUGAAGCUUAUGAAGCAGUCAAAGACUGUGGAUUUACUCUCUAGAAAAUUAGCAACAAAAAAGAAGGCUGUUUCUACCAAAGUUAUGAGUAGUGGUGAGAUGAGGAAGGCUGCCAGUUCUUGUCCAGCUAGCCUGACCUGUGACUGUUAUGCAACAGAUAGAGUUUGCAGUAUUUGCCUUUCAAGACGGCAGCAGGUUGCGCCUAGGGCAGGUACACCGGGAUUCAGAGCGCCGGAGGUCUUGACAAAGUGCCCCGAUCAAACUACAGCAAUUGACAUGUGGUCUGCAGGUGUCAUAUUCCUCUCUUUGCUUAGUGGACGAUACCCGUUUUAUAAAGCAAGCGAUGAUUUAACCGCCUUGGCUCAGAUCAUGACAAUUCGUGGGUCCAGGGAAACUAUCCAGGCUGCUAAAGCUUUUGGCAAAUCAAUACUGUGUAGCAAAGAAGUUCCAGCACAAGACUUGAGAAGACUCUGCGAGAAGCUCAGAGGGGUACACUCUAACACUUCUGAGUUAACAGGUGGUCCACAAAGGCCCCCUUCCCAUGACCCAACUUUCCCCGAGGAGACUGGCCAUGGAGCCGCUCAGCUCGGGCAGACACCUCAAGCGCAGCUCUCGGGGACCUCGCUGUGUAAAGGGGACGGCACUGGGGACAGCAGUGGCUGUGGGGGUCACGUUGAUGAGCAUACCACCCAUGCAGAAGGCUGGGAUGAGGUGCCUGACGAAGCUUACGACCUGCUUGAUAAGCUCCUAGAUCUAAACCCAGCUUCAAGAAUAACAGCAGAAGCAGCUUUGUUGCAUCCGUUUUUUAAAGAUAUGAGCUAAUGAUUGUCGUUCUGUAAGUUUGCUGUCGUGUAUUGUGAGGUGAGGUUUGUUACAGCCGUAAAUUCUUGAUUAGACACCAGGACAGAGUAAAUAAUUUAUUUUAAAAUUUCAGUAUCUGCUUUCAUUGCAGAUUCUAAAAUACAGAUUAAGAUUACUUAAAAUGCAUGGGCUAGUUCUGUGGACUGACAGAAUGAUGUUUGAGUUAGAGCUACCUGAGCAGAGUCAGGUGUUGAGUUUCCCUAAUUACUUGUGACUGCCGCGUGCAGAAAAAGUACAUCGGGGUUCAAGGCUUAAGUCUUAGAACUAAGGGUUGUGAUGGGAAUUACAUGAGUCAGAAGACUUCGUUUACUGGUGUCUCCGAGCUGUGUGCACGUCUGGGAAACAGCCUGGUGCUGGUGCUCUAACCGUCCUGUAGGUGAAGAAGAUAAUUCUCCUUCUAGACACAUGUAUUACACCUUUUAUGAACACUAAAACAAUGAGGAGAUACUGGGAGAGGGAUUGCUUAAAAUUGAAUUGAAUUUAUUGAUUUAAAAAAGUAUUUUGUGAAAGCAGUUUUUGUGUGAAUUGCUAUGUCUUUCUUAAUGGUUUUUCUCGAUUUCUCUACCUUGUCUACCCCCAUGUAACACAUUCUCCUUGGAAAUUUUAUGGUGCUCUCCACAAGGUUUCUGGGUGCUUUGCUAAAUAUUGCCUGUGUUUGCAAUUGGGAAAUUAAAAUAAUAUAUUCACUGGUUGAUAAAAGGAAGCCGUAGGACCAAGGUGAAGAUAGAUAGUCCAAAAUGCUUUUCUUUUUCUCCAAAUAUGUGUGGGUUUUUUGUACCAUCUUAGGUAUAAUUUGGUAGCUGAUGAAAGGAAGGAGAACACGGAAUUGAGAAUAUUAUUGGAAGUUUUUGCUCCGCCUGGAGCCAUUUAGAUCUGUGUCUUGUUUUGACGGAGCUGGUCCUGUGCAGAGGAUGAUCACUGGGGUCUUGGUUAGGUGGGGACAGUGAUAAGGAGGCAGGCAAAGUAGAAAGGACCUGAGAGAGAUUUGUGUGUUAGGAUGCUCCAGAACGAUGUACAUCAGUGACAGCGGAUCAGAUUUCCUGUGGGAAAUGAGCCUGGGGGUGUGGGUUGGCUGAGGUUUCCCACUUGGUGAUCGUAGAGUUUAAAACAGCUCUGGGCCGUGUAACAUCCAUUUUGUUGUUUUGAGCAUUGAAGUUACUAUAUCUCUACUCCGUUUAUAGGUAUUAUUCAUAUAUAUAUAUACACACACACACAUAUACCAUUAUCAUUGAUCUGUUGUCUUCUCAUGCUGUAAUCUUUAAGAAAAAGACUUGAAUGUCCUUGAAUUUGUACGUUUAAUAAAGCUAUCCUUUUACAUUUUUUA